AUGAAGUCUUCCGAAGAGAAGGAAAGAAAAAAGGACGAAAAUCGACCAAAACCGGUAUUCCAGGAAUCUUCUCCGUAUCCUAAUCUGAUAGACCUGGAGACCGAAUUGUCCCCACCCCCAUAUGCGGAUCCACAUCCGCCCUUGCUUCCACAGGUUCCACAAGUUUCAUCGGGAGAAAUCAGGAGGGGAACCGAGCCUUCAGCUCCUCCCCGAGAAGGGGGCCCCGCCCGGGGAACUCGGGGAAGGACAAGGGGAAUGGCCAGCGUAGCGGAAGAAGAAGACCCAGAAGUUCCCUCCUCCACCGUUCACGCAUUUCCGGUCCUGGCGGGGCCAGCCAGAGAGGGUGGAGAGCGGACACAUCAGUAUUGGCCCUUCUCCACUAGUGAUCUGUACAAUUGGAAAACCCAGACUCCCUCAUUUUCUGAAAAACUGCAGGGUCUUAUUGAUCUUUUAGAGUCUAUCCUUUUCACUCACAAUCCCACUUGGGAUGAUUGUCAGCAACUGUUACACAUGCUUUUCACUACAGAGGAGCGCGAACGGAUCCUCUCAGAAGCUCGGAAAAAUGUGCCAGGGGUGGAUGGGAGGCCCACGAUACAGCCUAACCUUAUUGAGGAAGGGUUCCCCUUGGCGCGACCCAGCUGGGACUUCGAACACGCUGAAGGUAGGGAGCAUCUCCGAGUGUACCGCCAGACUCUUAUGGCCGGCCUUAGAGCGGCCGCCAGGAAGCCAACAAAUUUGGCCAAAAUAAAUUCAGUGAGGCAGGAGCCAAAUGAGAGCCCAGCAGCCUUCCUUGAAAGGAUAAUGGAAGCCUUUAGACAGUAUACCCCUAUAGACCCACAGGCAGAUGAGUCACGAGCGGGGUAUGUAAAUCAAGCAGCCCCCGAUAUUAGAAGAAAGUUACAAAAGAUAGAGAGGUUAAGUGAACAAUCCCUGCAGGAUCUAGUGAGAGCAGCUGAGAGAGUGUUUAAACAUAGAGAGACCCCAGAGGAGAGAGAGGACCGCAUUAGACGAGAAGAAAGAGAAUUUAGAGCUGAAGAAAACUGUAAA